GUCACUACAAACAAAGCUCAGAAGCAAAAUGGCUACAAACAUUUGUGGCAAGUUCGGUUCAAUCUCCUUUUAAACAACUGAAAACAUGACCGAUUCUGAUGAGGAAACGACAACGGACCAUCAGCUGAAGUUUGUUCUUUUAGGUGAUGGUGCAUCGGGCAAGACAUCAAUAUGCGUAAGAUAUUCCCAGGAGAACUUUGACAAAGCUUACAAACAGACCCUAGGACUGGAUUUCUUUCUGGGAAGAGUUGUCUUACCAGGGAAUGUUCACGUCACGUUACAAGUAUGGGAUAUUGGUGGGCAAACUCUCGGUGGAAAAAUGUUAGACAAAUAUAUUUAUGGCGCUCAUGCUGUACUACUGGUGUAUGAUGUAACAAACCAGGACAGUUUUGAUAACCUUGAGGACUGGUAUGAUACAGUGAAGAAGCUUUGUGAAAAAGAUGGCUCUAGAUUACCUCAUAUAGCACUUGUAGCUAAUAAAGUUGACCUGGAGCAUUUAAGAGUUGUCAGAUCAGACAAACAUGGAAAAUUUGCUCAAGAGCAUGGGUUGUCCAGUUACUAUGUAUCUGCCAAGACAGCAGACCAGAUCAGCCUCUGCUUUCAAAAAAUAGCAGCAGAAGUGUUAGGAAUACGACUUACAAAGAAUGAAAUGGAGCAGCAAUCUAGAGUUAUAAAGGCUGAUAUCAUACAGUAUGGAAAUCAUGAAAUGCCAUCAAGAGCUGCAUCAUCCCAAACCAAGAGUUCCUUUUGCUCUGUUCAGUAGCUUCUGCAGAUGCAUGUUAAAACUACUUUCUGGUCUAAAAUGAAAGUACUUAUUAUGAAAACCAACCUCAAAGUUUGGGGAGGGGAGGGUACUCUGUCCUUUAGAGUGUGACUACCUCUAGCUCUAGCCUCUAGGAAAGAAUCUUGUGCAGCAAGAACUAAGUACUGCAAUUUUUAAGGCAUUGAGUAGAAGACGGGUUUUGAUUUACAUGGUACCCUGCUCAGAGUUUUUAUUUAGAAAUGUUGUGGUUGAAGAUUAGCACUAAGUAAAAGGAGAAUACUUUCCACUUCUGAGUACAAAUUAACUCAUGCAAUUAAAAUGUAGCCAGAUAAUUUUAUGUGGUAGGGGGAAAAUUCUGACCUCCAAUGCUUAAUGAACUCCCUGGUCCUAUGAAGGCCAACAUACUUCAUACCCCUGUAUACUUCAUUGGUUCUAUGACUGUGCUGCUUUCCGUCAAAUUGAAGCUCAAUCCUGUCUUGUCAAUGCUCUUAGUGAAUAUCAACAAUGCCACAGAAUCAAUAAUUGACCUAAAAAGUGUUAACUGACUGCAUGCAUCACGUAUCUAAAUUUUAUACUUUGUGUUAAAUUUUAUGAUUGUAUCAUUUUUCAUGGUAAUAUGGUAUUGGAACAAUAUUAUCCUGUUUUUGUUGUUGUACAGUGUACAUUGUUUCAAUAAAUCUCAUAAAUGUGUGCAUUGAGAAUGAAUAACCAUUCAAAGUUGACCACU